AUGAGCUCUACAAACUUUGCCGCCGCACAGGAGCGGGUGCUCGAACGCCGCCGUCUACGUGAGGUGGAAGCGCGUGCCCGACGAGCAGAACAACAGCGAGCUUCCCCGAUCAAUUCGGCCACCGUGCAACGUCUUCCAUAUCCAUUGAACCGAUUACCAGGAGCAGGAUGGACUCUUUGGAACUCUGUCAAGGGCCGAGAGGGUACGCGCCCGGCGUUCAGAGUGGGCCAGGUGGAUGCCGAAUUACUGGAUGAGGAGUUGCUUGGCCUGUUCAAGAACCAGGUCAGCGACGCGUUCAAAUACUUCGGUCCUCAGAUACGAGAAGACUGGUCUCAUGAAGUUUCAUUUGCGCUACGAGCCAUUCUCUUCAAGCUCUCGAUAUGGGACCACAAUGCGUCAUACGGAGCUGCUCUUCAGGGUUUGCAAUAUACCGACAGUCGUAGCAAGGGACCAGUAUACUCUCCUCCGACAAAAUGGCAAAAGUCGGUCUACGGACUCCUUACAGUUGGCGGUCGUUAUGCUUGGGGCAAAUGGGAGAGCUGGUUGAUCGGACAGGAAGGCGGCUAUGCAGAGCCAUCGCAGGAUGUACGGAUGCUGUCGCGUCUGACAGACAUGAUUUCCACAACGCACUCGAUCGCUUCCUUUGUCUCAUUCCUAGUAUUUCUCGUUAACGGCCGUUACCGAACGCUGGUCGAUCGAAUCCUCCGUAUCCGCCUCGCCCCACCAUCUACCCAAGCUAGUCGCGAAGUAUCUUUCGAAUAUCUAAACAGACAGCUGGUUUGGCAUGCCUUUACCGAAUUCCUCCUUUUCUUGCUUCCUCUCGUUGGAAUUGGCCGCUGGCGACGAUGGAUAGCUCGUGCAUGGCGAAAGACAGUCAACUCCCUCAGGUCCAGUGAGGAUGACGAAACCUCUAAAGAGAAGCAAGGAGAACUGGCAUUCCUGCCAGAACGGACAUGCGCAAUCUGCUACCGGGAUCAAAAUCCUACCAGCACAACAGAGAGCGAUGCUCUUGCAGCAUCAGCCUCGGCGGGUGGUAUUGUAGGAUCAGCACAGACGGACAUCGUCAAUCCCUACGAGACGAUCCCUUGUGGGUGUAUAUAUUGCUUUGUCUGUGUUGUCCAAAAGUUGGAGGGCGAGGAAGGCCAGGGCUGGAUCUGUCUCCGAUGUGGCGAGACUGUCAAAAAGUGCCAACCUUGGAACGGGGAUGUUUUGGAAGAAGCUCGCUCCAAUCCUGGUACCGGAAAGAUCGUCGGGUUCGCCAUAGACGAUACAAAACUCGACUCUGAGCAAACAGAGCAGACCCAACAAAAUUCUGGGAAGUCGAGUCCGCUUAAUGAUAUCAGCGCCGACGAGGCUUUGCAUCAUUCAAAUCAGUGGUCCAUCGAUGAGAAAGGACCUGCUGAGGGAGGAGAUGAAGUUGAAGAGAAUCCCCACUAUAAUUAUUGA